CGAGCAACAACUGAAUGACUGGCUGAGAAAGGUCGUGACGCAGAGUUGUUCCCAGAGCGGAUCACUGUUGGAGAACCUCCAGAGCCAAAAUACUGCUUUUCCGAAGGGACGUGUUUGCACCAUGGGUUCCUCCACACUCGGCGUCGUCAGUCAGGAGAGUGACAUUGAUUUAGUGUGCGUCGUUCCUCAGAUUCCUAGCGGCAUUUUCGUGGGUGGGGGACGUGUGUCACUCCGCGAACACUUCAUGCAAGACUUCGGAGAUACCUUGGCGGCUUUACCCCACGUUAAGUUACGACUGUAAAAGAUAAUUGAAUCCUAAUUGCGUGAAACAUGAAUAGUAAAUCUUAUCAUAGAAAUUGAAAUUCAUCUUUGACUGAGACUGAAAGAGCAUCCUUGAAAUGUAUGGGGCAAUAUUUCAUUGCGAUCAUACCCUUUUCGACUCACUGCAAGAACAUUCUUGAAUAGUCCUUAAAUUUCUACGAAAAGCAAAAGUCUUUAUCUUAGUACAUGGGUGAGUAGGUAUUUGUUUCCUUUUCUGUGAAUAAACUCUUCAAGAAAGACAAAGAUCAUGCAGUUGAAAGUUGAACUCUUUCGGAGAGGUCUAAUUCAGGACUUCGUACGCAUAGACACAGCAGCAAAUCCCACUCUGAGCUGCAGAUGGAAGGGAGUGGACCUAGACUUAAGGCUAGUUUUUCACUAUCCCACGUGCACGUACUUCUAUGCUAAAAAGUGGCGCGCGUUCCCCUUGUGAUUUAAUGGGGAACAACCUGCGAAAGAGAGAAAAAAGGGCAACGAACACAGCUAGCACCUCAGAUGCUGGAUCAUCGCACUCAACAUCAUGUUUGAGGUCCUCGUAGGAUCAGAACCUAUACAUAGAACCUAGAGCAGGGAGAAGGAUGCACUGAAGGGCAACAAUCUAAAGGGCACUCAACCACGCAUAGUCAUAGUGAAAAACUAGCGCAGCUAAUAGAUAUCCUUUUUUGCGACUUGCAGAGAAGUACUAUCGCUGAAAACUUUCUCAAGGAUGGCCGCGACUUGUAUCUCGACGACAUCCUAGUCGACUUGGAUGAGUCCUGUAUUCGAGCGCUUAAUUAUGGGCUUCAAGCACUGACUUUAUUAUUUGAAUCCAAGUUGGAUGUUGGAUCUCAAGAAUCUCAUUUAGAUGCGAAGCCCAAGAUGAACGAGGGGAAAAACUAAAACUUGUCAUAUUUGUAGUGUGCUAGAUGCUGCAGCUGCUUCAGGUAGUUACCACCACUCUUCUAAGAGAACGGGUAUCGAGUGGCACGAAUCAUUUUGCAGCUUAUGAAGGAAACAGCGUCGUCAGCAUCCUCAACGACGUCAAUGUCGUCAGCGGUCCCCGAAGAUUCUUAUGCUCUUUACUUAUUUGUUCUCCAGGAGAGAAAUUGUAAUUGUUGUCAUUUAUCUUCAGAGAGAUUGUUCUUAGAGGUAGUACCUCUACUUAAUCUACCACAUAUUUUCGGUGACUUUGUGGUGAAUGAACCGUGAAACAUGCCUUGUGCUGCUGGAUCCAAAACGAAGAUCAAAAUCAAAAACAAAAUACUGCGAUAGAUCUGAGCAACAAAAUCAUGAAAUGCCACCCAUGUGAAAAAUCAAUGACUUAUCUCGCUGACAUAGUUCGUCGAUUGCUCUCACCCUAACAUCCUGAAGUUUGAACUUUUUCGUUUGGCUUCGAUUUUACGAAUGUCUUGGUGAUCCUCCGUCAACAUGGCCCUUUUUAGAGAUAUUUCAUUUCGUUUUAUUUUAUUUUCUUGUUUCUUUCUUUCUUUCCUCAUUUCCGACCAUGCAACUAUAUUUUUCUUCUCCUUGCCCUACAUGUUCUUUUCUACACGUCCAUACAACCAUAGAGUUUUCACAUUUUAUUCCACAUGCAGCCUUCAUCUUACCACUAUAACAUGCCGUAUUUACUUCUAUCUUGACUAGUAGCGCAUUGUCAUGGCUGUAUGUUUGUGUACGAAGUCUUCUUGUGGUUAAAACCCGAAAACUCCUCCAUGUUUCUUCCAAAUGCAGUGUUAGCAGGGGAUUGAAGCUACAUUCGUCGACAGACAAGGAGCAUUGCCGACCUGUUCUACAAAAACGAGAUAAAAAGAGGAGUGAGCAUCUGAGUUGUAGAGAUUUUUAAACUAUUUAUGGACCUCAACCACGGGUAGAUAAAUAGUGAGUACUCGUAUACACAUCGGCCAACAUAUCAGAACGUAAGAUAUAUAUAAAAAUCCACAAUAUACUGUAUGUCAUAACACAACUAGAACGAAAAAACUAAAACUAUUGAAUGACAAAGAAGGAGGAGCGGAAUAAGAACUACUACCACUUGAGACUAUCGCCUGAACUCAACACGCAACAAGGACCGGCGCACAUGAGACGAUCAUCUGAACUCAUCCAGAAUCCAAGACCACGAAAAAUCUGUGAGACAACUAUCUGAACUCACAAGAGCAGCAUCGAACAUAGGAGCCUGAAGAUCGAGGUCUAUAAAUAUUACGACGUUUACACCAAGAUGCCACAAGAUGCCGCGGACGAGCAAAAAUAAGGUGCCCCAGUUCGCCCUCACGCACAAGCAGAAGUGCAUGUGGCUCCGAAUUGAAGAACUAAGAAAAACUAAGAAAAGCGGACUAGUACUAGGUAAGAAACUAUUCGAAGAACUUGUGAAAAAGAUCAAUAGCUCAGAGAGGCCCUGGCUACUAGACUACGACCUUGGGACAGAUUGUGCUCCAGAACUCAGAUUCUCCACAUCUGAACUAGCGAUCCCAUACUACAACCGUGAAGAAAGAUCAGAGAACGUAGCGGACGCACUGACGCACGAAGGAAAAAUCGCUAGAGUGGUCCAGUGCAUGAACCGAACAGAAGAUUUGAUCAGCGCCCUAUCUUUACUCGCAUUUUCCGGGUCGUGCGAUUUCUCCCACAUCAACACCUACAAAUUAAGAACGGAAAAACCGAGCAACGGUUUCGACGGGUGGGAAAGCAUCCGGAAGCACCACGACGGCAACGACAUCGCUUUUGAUAUCAAGCCACGCACGGAAGAACAUAGAAGAAUCAUCACGAAGUUUAACCUAAAGCGAUCUGGAUACAGAAAAACGAAAGCCGCUACACCAGAACAGAAAUCAAGCAGUAGCAGGAGCACUACGGAAUCACCAAAGAAGUAAAAGAGCUCGACCACAGCGGAAAAACGCCCCUACUCCCGUGAACUACCAAUCAACUACGACGAUGACCAACAACAUGAACAUCUCACAGCAGUCGGGAGGUGGAGCACAGACCUUCAAUCACAACCCCCAGUACGUGAAAGCAUGCAGGGUUGCAUCAAGUGGAAAUCCAUGCGCGGCGGGUGACAGCUGUCAAUUCUCACACCAAUAUCAGGAUUUGUUAGCAUACAACAAGUGGAUGAAGGAUCGAAAUAUGGUAGCACAGGAGAGCCUACCACAAGAGAUAUAUCGCACAAGUAUGCACAUUGGGCAAUUCAACACUGCGAACGGACACCAACCAAAGCAACCGAUCCAAGGUGGGAACGCUCAGUACCAGCAGAACAAUCUGCCCAACCAACAACAAGCUCGACAGCAACAAGCAUCACCUCCGCCACCUAGCCCGACGCAGAUCCAACCACAACAACAGCAGCAGAUCUACCAAUCACAGCAGCCAUAUGCUACCAACUCGAACUCCAUACAACUAGGGAGCUCACCACAGCAGACGCAAAGCAGCCAGGGAUCUGGCUGGACCGCACCACAACAGCAACAACUUGCACAACAGCAACAACAACAACAAAACACCCACCUGCACGGUGUUGCGCCCCCAGCCGGCACGAUCCACAUCAAGAAGACCAGAGGACUCGUGCCCACAAUCACGAUGAAGCCAGCACAAGAGGAAGAAGAAGAAAUCUACCCGAUGGUGAUAUCCAGCAUGCAAGUAAUGAAGGAAAUGAAUGAGCACAUGAUGUUCAAGUCGACUGAACUUCCAACUAAGGACUUCCUCAUCCCGCAGACUAUUGCGCGCAGACUGGUAGAUGAUGAAUCAGAGAUGAAGGAUGGAUCGGCCUCACUAUCGCUACUGGUGUGUAACAGCUUGGUGGCAAAACAAUUGCAAGAAAUCUGUUUAAGGAUUACCACAACGGAAAAAGCAGAUAAGGCGAAGAAAGCACUUGAGAGCCUCCCUAUCACCCUCAAGUUGGCUAAGGAUGAACCGGAAUCAGAGCUCAGCACGACAACAGGCCAGGACGCGAAGGGCAUGGAUAAGAGCGACAUCCUCAACGCCAUUGGCAACAAAUUCCAGGAGUUCGGGGCGAACCUACAAACGCAAUUCACGACAAUCUCCUCUAGAAUCGAGAGCAUCGAGAAACGCCAUGAAGCCCAUCAACAAUCAUACCAGCAUCAGACACCGCCACCAGCCUCAGGAUCCACAACAGAUAAGAAGUGGUGGGAAAAUGAUGACUACAAUCAACCGUGGUGGAAGAAGGAUAAGGACGCAACGCAACAAAAAACAAUUUUCAAUGAUGGCUGGUACGAACGGGAGGAACAGCAGAAGGACAAGUCAUACAUCCAGAACAUGGUCGACCAGCAAUAUGCAAAGAUCCGCGAUAGAGCGAAGCAUCAAGCCUAUCCGCCGACGGAUAAGAAAUCCAGCACCAAGGGUGAAGGAAAGAAGAACAGUAGAGAUCCGAGCACAGCAGCCUUGCUCAGCGACCUCUACUCAGCUGCCCCCGAGGGGGACAAGAAUAUGCCGAGAGCGGAAGAUGAGAACACGAAGAAACGACGCAUCACGAAGGCCAUACAAGGCAUAGAGGAGGCGUGCGGUAAAGCAUACAGCGACACUGUCAGACACAUGUUGGACAACAACAUCAAGAGGAAUCCGAAGGACUACAAGGCUGAAGACUUCGAGAAGGCUAUGUCACGUCCCAUAUGCUUCCUCCGAUCGACACUGUGCCACAAGAGACCGGCAACACCUGUUACAAGAGUUAAGGAGCAACUUUUUGGAGCUUGCCUGCUAUAUGAGAAGCACGAAAUACCGCUAACCACCUUGUCCAACAAGAUCAAAUCAAACGUCAUUGACUUAGUCCGGGACUUCACCACAGAGAAGUACAUCGCGGCAUAUCGACCUCUAUUCAAACUAAGGACCACGACGGAAUUUGCGCUCUUCGUGAUGAUAGCUGCGGCAGGAGCACAACAAGAAAUCCUCACCAUCGAACUGGAGAAGGAGAAAGUACAAGAGCGCAAGAAACAACUACAACUGAGCGAUGUCAUCGAACGUACACCACAAGAGCAUGCCCCUCUCGACCCGAAGUUACGCGAACGGCAAAUACGAGCACGAGACCGACAGAUUCUUAAUGACGGAAAGAGCGAGAGCACGUCAUUGAAGAACAUCGGAAAUGAGGAUGAAGACGAAUUCUCACCACUAGGGGGAAGACCAGGGGAUCCACCACAAUGGUCACCACCUGCACCACCGCAAGAAGAAGAGGAACCAGAUGCAGAACAGCUCUACGACCUAAUACGCGAUGAGAUCUACGGUUCACCUGACCAGAAUCAACAAGCAGAUGCGGAGAUGGAUCUGGGAGAUGAUUAUGAUGACAUGGACUACCAUAAGAAUGACCGAUACUACGAUCACCAAGGAAGUCAACUGCCGGCGGCAACAUAUCAGAACGACGAUGACAAGAAGGGCCACGGUGACACAUGGCAGGAUACAUCAGAAGCAGACCCUUUUGGGGAACUAGGAAACCUUUAAAACAACCACCCCAUCACCAUGACUGACAACAUCUACAAUUGGUUACAACCCAGGUUCAGCCUGCCGAUGUGGGAACUUCGAACGAACUACUACACGAGAAUACCAGCCAUGCCAUCAUUCGCUCUCAACAUCGCAGAUAUCUUUGUGAGGGAACUUUUGAGGAUAGCGCCGGUAAUAGAAGAGAACCGAAGGGUAAGAAAGAUGGUUCUAAAUAAGAUCACGUUUAUGAGAAAUAUUAUAUCCCAGCUGUCACAUGAACACAGCCAGACAAAAACAUGUCUAAGAUGCACUAGAUCACAUAGGUAUUGCGCAUGCACCUAUAGCUACAACAAAGUCACUAAGAGACUACAUAAGAUGUCGCAAUGUGCUCAAGGAUCUCUACAUUUUGACUUCCUACCUUUCGAGAUCUUAACUACUACAGGCCCUUUCCAAACAUCUCUGGUAAAACUCAAUCAAGUGAUAUCCACCGUUCGUGAAUACAUGAUCACCAUAGACGAGAUCAUUAUACGACUUUUCUUACUCGAUGGCAACACUUGGAGAAAAAGGGCACUAGAGAAGAAAAUAAAUAGAUAUGAUAGAACUAAUAGUAGAUAUAGGGGCUCACCAAAUGUAGUAUACAUGGCACUACAGCCACAUUGCAAAAAAUCAUACGUAGGGGAAACAUCGGGUGGAAUCGACAUUAGAACAGCUGCACAUAUCCGAAAAGCACAGACAGGCACCCAGUUCUUCUAUCGUAACACCUUCGAGUUCUUCAAAUACUACUUCAUUCCUUUGGUCUAUCUACCCCCCACCCUUACUAGCAGACAAAUUAGAACAGCAGAGGCUAACUUAAUAACGGAGUUUGCUGCUAACCAGAACACACAAAUAGCAGCAGACACCCACCAGUCGCCAUAUCUACACACAGCAUCCUUAUAUAUUUCGAAAAAUAGUAGAUCUAGACCAUACCAGAGAAGGAAGGGACGACAGCCGAGAACUUCAACCACCUCACGUGCUACACCUAACCUGGCACUAACUACUCUACUUGCCUCAUCCAAAGCAACAGCAAUAUGCAUAGCACUCUCACGAAGACUUGUUGAUGUCAUUCCCCAGAGUAUUGCCGUAUUCUUUGACACACAUACACAUGCCAGUGCUAUCAUAACAAAACGCGCAAAAUUUGUCUUGGAUGAAAUUGAGUAUGAGAUCCUCAUCAGGAAUCUAGCUAAGCAUAGACCGCAACGUCUCAUCCGCCAUGUAGUAGACAUAGGAGACACGAAGAAAACUCCAGCAUUCUGGAGAUAUGUACAAGCAUACAUAAGGAUAUAUCACCAACACCAGGAGCAAGGCAAGCCUGCGGUCAACCUAUGUUUUCGGACGAAAACUGGGCCCACGUUGAUAGACAUAGCAAAUAAAACUAACGUUGGCUACAACUUACCACAGGUAUGUAGAUGCUGCGAAAUUCUCAUGGACCAUCCCAAACUCAACAAAUACUUAGUACAAGGACACAUUGCAUCAUCACUAGAAAGAUAUAGGACUGAAUGCUCGGACUAUGACUUCAUAGAGACAGACUUACCGGUGGGCAAGUGGAACAUGAGGUCGAGAUUUCUCAGCCCCAAGUCUACGGCCACCAGCCUCAGACGGGAACUACUCAAAUUCACCUCGAGAGUUUUCCCAACCACCCGCCCCACACUAAGAUUUCCUAACUCAUACAAGGAUUUCGCGAAGUCGUAUGAGACUAGAGGAAUUAGACCCGAACAAACUAAACCUAGGCACCUAGAUAUUUCCGAGAGAUUAAGCACGGAUGUAGUAGAUAAAGAAGUUGAUAUGAGUUUGGUAUGCCCAGUGGUCCUACGCAAGAUCGUAACAAAGCACAUGUUCACUUCAGGGGCAUAUAUACAACUACCAGGCUGGGAAAGUCUCAAAAAUGACAAUAAUAAUGAAUUCUUUUGGCUUUUCCCUGAUUCGUCCAUCAAGCGAAAGAAAAAGCAUAGAUGGGCGAAGAUGAGGAUCACCAUGAAGAAGAAGACAUAUAGAAUUUUUGAGAAAAUAGAGCAGGAGCGCAGAAUCGUGGACCUCAAGAUGAGACCUUUAACUAGCUACCAGCGCCAUUGCUUUAAAGAAAUAUAUACCACUGCCACGAGAAUAGUCAACCACCUCCUUGAAAGAGACCCGGCAACCUCCAGAUUUUUCUUGACAAACCCGGCCUCUAUCAUUGAGUACCUUAAAAACGUUUCAGAAAAAGCAUCUAGGCUAGACUUACAACUAGCGGUAUUCACGGGAGACAUUGGGGAGCUUUUCACUAACUGCAACCUAAAUAGUAGUAUGGUCGUGAUACAAAAAGUAGUUGAUGAAUUUAUUAGAAGAACGGGACACAACUUUGCUAGAAUAUUCAAAUCUAGCAAAAACUUGAUGCCUGUGUUACAUAAAAUGAUAGGAAGAGAUAAAACUUACUUUGUACAAAAGGGUAGAAGACUACAAAAGCGCUUGUCUUUGAUCUCCUUCACUAGAGGGAGACCGGACCCAAGAUUUCAUGAUUAUGUAAGAAUUACCGACCUAACAAAAAUACUACUGCACGAUGUCAGAUUUAGCUAUGUUAGAGCACUAGGCACAAUUUUCAAACAAACUAAAGGCGCACCUAUGGGGAGCCCAACUAGCACUCCACUUUCUAAUGCGUACGCUAUUUAUGAGGAGAUGGUGAAAUCUACUGACCCAGGAACAAUGCUAGAGACCUCACGACGCUACGCAGACGACAAAAUAGUAUUUACUACUGUCCAGAGAGCUAUGCAAUUACAACAAGUACCUGUUUCAUUAAGACCUAACUUCUAUACGGGAUGUUCUCUAGUCCAAGAUGGUGUAGAGGAGCCUACUACUUUCUGUGGUCUUAAGGUAGACAUAGCCCAUAGAAACAAAAUAGUAGUCACAGCAGCCUUAACAGACAAGCCCCUGGCUUCUGCCUUCUCAGCUGGGAUGGAUCGCAGAGAAAAGGGUGUUAGCAGAGGACAUUUCGCCAGAUUAAGACUACAGUCCAACAUCGUACCAAAACAAGAAGCGACAACUCUAGUACAAAAACUUCUCCAACAAGGCUACUCGCAUAAUAUCACUAUUCAAGAAUUUAAGCAAUUUGCAGAAGCACUUAUCUAUACCUUUGAUGGUGACAGGGCAUGAGGCAUUUUUCGGUGACUUUGUGGUGAAUGAACCGUGAAACAUGCCUUGUGCUGCUGGAUCCAAAACGAAGAUCAAAAUCAAAAACAAAAUACUGCGAUAGAUCUGAACAACAAAAUCAUGAAAUGCCACCCAUGUGAAAAAUCAAUGACUUAUCUCGCUGACAUAGUUCGUCGAUUGCUCUCACCCUAACAUCCUGAAGUUUGAACUUUUUCGUUUGGCUUCGAUUUUACGAAUGUCUUGGUGAUCCUCCGUCAACAUGGCCCUUUUUAGAGAUAUUUCAUUUCGUUUUAUUUUAUUUUCUUGUUUCUUUCUUUCUUUCCUCAUUUCCGACCAUGCAACUAUAUUUUUCUUCUCCUUGCCCUACAUGUUCUUUUCUACACGUCCAUACAGCCAUAGAGUUUUCACAUUUUAUUCCACAUGCAACCUUCAUCUUACCACUAUAACAUGCCGUAUUUACUUCUAUCUUGACUAGUAGCACAUUGUCAUGGCUGUAUGUUUGUGUUCGAAGUCUUCUUGUGGUUAAAACCCGAAAACUCCUCCAUGUUUCUUCCAAAUGCAGUGUUAGCAGGGGAUUGAAGCUACAUUCGUCGACAGACAAGGAGCAUUGCCGACCUGUUCUACAAAAACGAGAUAAAAAGAGGAGUGAACGUCUGAGUUGUAGAGAGACAUAUUUCGAGGUACAUAAUCUUCUACUACUUAAUCUACUCUACAUUUAGAAGAGGUACAGGUAGAGCAGAGGCAGAGCAUCUGUGGUUGGACUUGUUGUUUCAUGCGUAAGAACCUGGUCUCGUCCAUACCAUAUCAUUAUCAAUCCAUAGAUGUGCCACCAGACAGUAAUUUACUAGCAUCACAGCUGCGUCUUUUCAAAAUGCUAAUGAAGAAAAUUGUCCGGGAAUCAACAUAAGGGAGAAGAGCAGGUGCAGAAGUUCCGCAAUGUCCUUAGGUUCGUCAAGUGGUGGGCCAAGCAGCGGGGCAUUUACUCAAAUAUAUGCGGCUAUUUCGGCGGGAUUACGUGGUCCAUCUGUGUGGCACACGUACUGAAAAAGUAUCCGGAUUACACAGAAGCGCAGUUGAUAUUGCAAUUUUUUAAGGAUCUUCACGCCUGGGACUGGGAGAACGAGCCUUUGCUUCUGAGGGAAGUAGCACCGACGCCGAAAGUGGCAGGUACUUCUGAUUACAUGUUUUGUUUUUUGUAGUUAGAUAUGCUCCACCAACAUGCAUAAUAAGUUAGAUGAUGAAAAGUCGUGUAUAAUUACAUUUGUACAAUUGCUAAGGUUAGCAUGUACAAUUGCUAAGUACAGAAGUUUAAAUGAAAAAGAAAAUUAUUGCUGCCCUUGCCGGAUGAAAUAAAAGGUCUCAGAAAUAAAAGCCUACAACUAAAAGUAACAAACUGGCCGAUUGGGUUUACUAGCAGUAGUUGCAGUAGUAACUACUGCUACUUCUUGUUCUACUGCUGGGCGACCUCCCAGACAGAGGAUCUUUGCAGUUUCCAAACAAUGAUCCCCCGACCAGAUCUAUCUCUAGUUCACCGGAUAAGUGGAAAGCAUCAGUGGAACGGGCACGUAGAGCAUAUGGCCGUUCUGACGCCAGUGUUUCCCGCUAUGAACAGUUGCUACAAUGUUUAAGGCUCUAUACCCCAAUUCAUUGUCAAGGGCCAUCAUUUUCUUCCUUCUUGGGAAUCUGAAAAAAUGAGCUUCAGAAAUGAAUUGUGUUGAGCUCUAAACUGUCACCGAAAGUACGCGCCGAGUGCUCGAAGAGCAGCUCUACAGGGCACACACGAUGGCCACUUUAGUAGAAGACAUGGUCCAGAGACCUGAAGCCUAUGUGGUACAGGGACCACCUGGAAGUGGAAGUUGCGGUACAAAAACCACAACUACUACAGGAGGUAAAAUAAAUGGUACGGGAGCAGGACCCCCUGUGGGAACGGGAGCAGGACCAAUUAUAGGAGGAAAAUCUUCUGGGGUAUGCCCUAGUGGUACAACGGCUAGUAGUGCGACCGCUGGGGGAACCUCCUCUAGUGCGACGACCAGUACUUCGGCGACCAGCAUGAGCAGGUGUACUCCUAAAGCAGGAACUACUAGUAGUGGCCGCACAGGUACAUUCUCAGCUGUUGAAGGUGCGUCUUCUUCUCCUGCUUCUACUGCUGGGAAAACAACAAACAAUGGAGAAGGGUCUCUUUUUCGUGAGGCGAGCAGCUCCUCAAGUUCUUCAUCUUCAAGUGGAGGCGCUUGUACCAAUAAAGCUAACAGUAGUAAUAGCAGUACUGGUGCUAGUACUGCUAAUUCUUCUAGUAUUAAGGCUCAGAAUAUUUCAUUUCUAUAAGUCAUUUCUCGCAAUUUCCUUCUUGGGAAUCUGAAGAAAUGAACGCAAGAAAUGAAAUGUUUUGAGCUCUAAUAGUAGUACGAGUACAACAACUCCACUUCAUGUCAGCAAGAAGGACACUUCUGCAUCAACUGCAUCAUCGAACUCAAAGACGCCAGCCAGCAUCGUCGAAGAGAUAGAUUGGUCAGUCUUUUACGCUCCUCUACCUUUUUUCAGUGAUUAUUCCAGAUACUUGCGGGUCACGAUCACCUCCCAUGCUGGCGUAGCGAAUUUCAUGCGUCUGCGAGGGCUUCUAGAAGCGAAGUUGCGCUACUUGGUCCAGUACCUGGAUCGCAUCGAGGGGCUUCAUGUCCAUCUUUGUCCCUAUGAGGGAGGGGUAGUGCCGCACGCUGCUCAUCCUGGUGCUGGUGCUCACAACCUUGUAUUCUCCAAUUCUUGUAGUGGUGAUCCUUCCGCGUCUAGGACGAGUGGUGGUCUUUCAUCUACGUCUAGAAGUAGCACUAGUUGUGGUCCUCCAGUAACAACCACAACUGCUAAUACUACUACCUCUUCUACUAGCAGUAGUGCUACUCAACAACUACCAACUAACUUACCAACUACCUCUGCCUCUACCAACUCGUUGACUGCUUCUUGGUAUCUCGGACUCACUUCUUCUUUUGGUAGCUUAGGCGGAAGCUCAACCACGUCCGGCUCUGCCUCAGUGGUUCUAGAUCUGAGGCCUGCUGUGGCAGAGUUCCUUAAUUUAGUCGCUUUGGAAUUUGAGAGAGACCCAAAGUCUCAGCUUUCCUUCCAAGUCCUGGCCAGGGAAGAGUUGGUGGCGGAACAGGAAAAAUUAUCACUUGGUAGUAUGGGAUUGGGAGCUACAACUACCUCUAGUGCCGCUGGGUCUGCAACAGGAACCGCGACGACGUCCUCGUCAAUUAUGAAUAGAGCUAUUGGUAUUGCAACUACUACAGCACGAACACCAGUAGCUGGUCCACAUGGCUGUGCAAGUACAUCUUCUACUUCUUUUCCAAAAACAGGACCACACGACCUUGAGCAAGGACAACAAGCACAACAUGCAAGUACUUCUACAAAUACUUCUACUAGUAAAGGGAUCCAACAUGCAAGUACAACUUCUAGUACAAAUACUUUUACUUCUAGUAAAGGGCAUGAUCCCGCUUCUGUUGCUGUUGUUGCUCCAAAAAGAACUAGUACCGGAACAAGUGGUGCUCCUGGUGCACAGAGUGUGAAAAGUGCUGGCGCUCUUCCAACUACAUCAAAUCAUGGUAAAAAAUCUUGUUCCGGAGGCAAAGAUGAAGCGACAUCAUUAGCAACUAAAGAAACAACGCGAAUAGCAGGUGCUUCUUCCAAAGGAGAGCUUCGGACAGCGACGGAAGCUACACUAGCAGGCGCGUCACCGACAGCAGCAGGCGCGUCACCAAAAGCCUCGCCAAAGGCAGCAAAAACAGCACCAAUACAACAAAAUACGGCUCCCCCCGAAGAUGAUUCGACAGCGGCAACAAAUAAAGCAACAGAAGUGCCUUCAGAAGAUCCUCUACAACUGUGUGAGACCACAGGUACAGCCUCCAAACCGUCUGAUACACCCUCCAAGCCUGGGAGCGAAGGGCUGCAGCGACAGGGCUCCGAAGUUCAAAACGCAGGACUGGAUUCCUCAUCUCCGCAAACCAAGAAAGCGCGCGUUUGACCCAUGAGUUCCUCGCGAGACCAAAACCAAGUCAAAGCGGUCUUCUAAAGCCUUCUUCACUCGGACUUCCUCUUUUCCAAGAAGUUAAUUUUUCCUUAUCGGAUGCCACUAUAUAACUAUGAUAGAUAGGUCGUGGAUAUCUCUCGCAUGAUCAACCAAGUUUCGGGGCUCUUUUUUAUUUAUGACAUCAUGAUCAUGAUCAAUUCUUACCGUGACGCUCAC